UUUCCAAAUUGUUCCACACAUCUGUCUUAAUAGAUAGAAACACACAAACUCAAGACAUGAAAUUGUUAAAGAUCCAUAUUUGACGCUUGGAAGGGAUCUGUUGGGAGAGCAGCAGGGAUCCACUGGAGAGCAAGAACUACAGAUCCAACAAGAAGAUGGAAACUGAGAGUUACACUGACCCUGCCAAUAGCUACAUUUUGGAGAGAAACUAUGAGUUUUGUGGACAUAAGCUGUGGAUCAGUCAAAGCGCUGAUUCCGUGCUUGCAUCUUCCAGUUUUAUAUGGGAUGCUGGUCUUGCUCUUUGUCAGUAUGUUGAAAAACAGAGAAUAAUAUUUUCUGGUAUGAAAGUGAUUGAACUGGGUGCAGGCACUGGAAUUGUGGGAAUCUUGGCAGUCCUACUAGGAGGCGAUGUAACGAUUACGGACCGACCAAAUGUGUUGAAACAAAUAGAACACAAUGUUACUGCCAGCAUUCCUGCUUCCUGCAGAAAUCGGGUAAAUAUCCGUGCCCUAUCAUGGGGGCUUGAUCAUACUCAGUUUCCUACUGACUACGACUUCAUUCUGGGAGGUGAAAUCGUCUACUUUGCAAAGACCUAUCCUUUAUUAUUAAAGACUCUACAGCAUCUCAGCAGUGAAAGAACUAUCAUAUACCUGGCUUCCAAAAUGUGGCAGGACUUUCAGAUCAAUAGUUUCUACGAGGAAAUUCUACCAAAACAUUUUAAUUGCCAACUCGUUAACAGAAACGAAGAAGAUGACAUCAACGUGUACAAAGUGACCAAGAAAAUUCCAAGUUCUGGGGAUCAGCCAGUAACAUAGAAAGAAAAGUCUGUUUAUCACAUUAUAAGACUCUUGGGAUUCCUAAGGAUGUUUUUCUAACAUUAUCCACAUAAAAAAAAGUCAGUUUGAAGAAAUGUUUCUUUGACUUCUUUUAUUGAAUGUGUUUUUCUCUGGAUGUUGGACAUUUUUCACUCCAUCUCCUGAAGGGAUGAGGGUGCAGGAGGCUGCAACUGUCUGAUACAUUAUCUAAGGGCCAUUCUUCGUGUCUGAGACUAGACUGUGGCAUCUGACUAUUACAUUUUUUUACAGCUUUUAUCUAUCAUUAUCUCACAUCAGUUGUGUCAGUGCAAGUCAUUAGACUGGAGUCUGGUGUUGGGAAUAUGAUUUCAUUCCCCUCCAUUGAAGUUCACCAAAAUGGUCUAAUCUGCCUGGUGGCGAUUAGCUGGCAAAUUAGUGUUCACUCAGUAAAUCUGAGGCUUUAUUAACGUAUAUGGGGAG